AUGACCCACGAGAACAGUACCUCGGCGGCGGCAUCCGAAAGCCGUCCACCACCCGCAGACCAGGUUGCGGCAACCGGGGCGACUGCGGCCAGAACUGACGUGGCCCAGCCCUCGACCUACUCGAGCAGCAUCGCGCCGACGGUCCACGAGCAACACUACACCGGCAUUGACGAGGACGGCCUGAACCGCCUGGUCGUGCUGGCGCAUUUCGAGCAGUACGUGCAGCUCAACCAGCGGCUCGACGACAUUGUACGUCUUGUCGCAGCGACGGCGACUAGCAGUGCGAGCGCGAGCGCGAGCGCAAGUGCCGACGCCGACGCCAACCCUGGGAGCAGCAGCAGCAGCAACAACACGGUCGCGCAGAUCCUGGCGCACAGGUGGGAGCCCGGACCAGCCACGCGCAUGGUGAAUGAGAUCCUCGCGCACGACGGGCAGGCGUCCGUCGCCGAGCUCGAGGCACGUCUCAAGCGCCAGUCGUCCCCUGCCCAUCAUCUCACGGCCACAGGCCACGCGGUCAAGGCGCUUCACCCUCCGGGCCCUCCGGACGACGAACACGGGCACGUUGCAGCCCCGCACAGCGAGCACGACGCGUCCAUUGCCGCGCAGGUGACGCGUGUGGUGGGCGAGAUCCUCGCGGCGGGCAACCUCGACACGUUUGCGCAGGUCGCUCGUCGGAUCUCGUUCUCGCCGACUUGA